CCAACCGCCGCACACCCACCAACCGCCACCCGCCUGAGGCGCCCCACCGCCUCACACGGCGGGGCGGCCGCCCGCACCGCCCGCCCCCGGCGGCUCGGGGAGCCCGACACCAGCAGGCGCGGCCACGGGGCUCCCGGCUCACCGUUACCCGGCGGAGCCGGCGGGGCGGGCCCGGGUUCCCGCCGUCCCGGCAGGCCUGGCCCUCGCCCCCUCCCGGCUGCGGGCCACCCGGGAGGCCGCUCGCCGCCGGGUCGGGAUGAAGCUGCGCAGCGAGCCCCUGCCCCGGGCCGGCGGCGCCCAGCCCGCCCCCGAGGCGCCAGCAGAGAACUGCAGCCGUGCUGCUUUAUUUGCAAAAGCAGAGGAGCUGUUGGCGAAGAGAACAGCAGGCGGAGAUCCUCUGGCACCUUUUCUGAAAGGACAACUGUACUACAAAGAGGGGUUGUAUGAAGAAGCAUUAAUACAUUUCGAAAAAAUCGAGGAUACAGAUUUUCAAGCAAUGUAUCAGCUUGGUGUAAUGCAUUAUGAUGGACUAGGCACUAAAGAAGACCCUGAAAGGGGAGUGGAAUACAUGAAGAAAAUACUCUACUCUGAUUCCCCGGAAGCAAGACACUUGAAGUUUGCAGCUGCAUACAAUCUUGGCAGAGCGUAUUAUGAAGGAUGUGGUGUUAAGCAGUCAACUAAAGAGGCUGAAAGGUUGUGGCUUAUUGCUGCAGACCAUGGAAAUCCAAAAGCAAGCGUAAAGGCCCAGAGUACUUUAGGAAUGCUUUAUUCUGUGUCAGUUCUAAAAGAUCUGAAGAAGGCCUUUUUCUGGCAUUCAGAAGCAUGUGGCAAUGGAAAUCUGGAAUCACAGGGAGCACUUGGUGUUAUGUAUCUCUAUGGACAAGGCAUACAUCGAAACACUAAAUCUGCUUUUGAGUGUUUGAGAGAAGCAGCAGAACGUGGAAACAUCUAUGCUCAAGGCCAUCUUGUGGAAUAUUAUUAUAAUAGAAAAUUUUACUCAACAGCUGUUGCAGUAGCCAAAAGGAUUACAGAAAACGAUGACAUCGAUAUGUUAGCAAAGGUAACCGACUGUCUUCCUACAUAUGUAGCCAAGGGAGUUGCUAUGGCUGCUUUCUACUUGGCUAGAUGCCUCCAGCUUGGCCUAGGUGUGCAGCAAGAUCAAGCCGCUGCUAAAAUAUGCUAUUCUAAGGCCUGCCUUCUGGAUCCUGGCAUUGCUUCUGACCUUGAACUGGCAGCUAAUCUUGGGAGAAUUUAGUGCUUCCUUUAACUGUGACUGGUAUAUACAUAUAUUUCCUACAAUAAACUAUCUUUAAACUC